AUGCCAGAGAUAGGACCGAUGAUGCGCGCGCUCGAGUUGCAGAGGCUGAUAGAGGACAAAGUGGCCGAAUGGCGCGAAAGGUCAGCUAGGGUCGCCGGAGCAAGUGUAGCAGACUCUUAUCAACAGCCACUCAACUUUAAACGACACACACAUAGACGCAAGAACCACGCUGAAAUAAACAAAAUUAUCGCAAAGUAUUCGAAACCGACAAAGAGAGCAGACGGACCCUACUUGUUGUCGCGUGACACACCUCACUAUAUUCCACAACGUCCCCCGAGACCAAAGAAAGUUUUAUCUAACUUAAAAGUGCUUUCCAAAAGUGAAGAUAAUUUGGCUGCCGUCGGUACUAUGGAAGUGCACCCGGAGCCGAAGAAAGAGGCCAAGACAUACUUCACCUUGUCCAAAUAUAACACUAAAAGCUGCGAAGAUGUGACUGCUUUUGUCGAUGUACACAGCGUUAAGAGCAAAAAUUUCGAAGAAAACAGUAUAUUGAAUGCGAAGCCAGUGGUCGAAAGGACAAAACCUAAACUUCAUAGCAUAUCUGAGGGAAUCACAGACUAUUCAGAGCUUUCAGACAGUGGUAUGGACAGUGUUAUAGUUGACAAAUCUUUUGUGACGUCAACGCCCCUGUCUAAGAGAAGAUCUACUCCGGCAUCUGUGUCAGAUUUUAUUUUUGAAAAGGUUUCUAAAAAAUCAAAUAGUGCGAAUGAACUUAGAAAAGGUAGUUCCGAACCAAAUAUUCUCAGUGCCACGGAAAUUAGUGAGAAUUCAGUGAAUACAAAGACAUUGGAUUUUAGAAAGCGGUGGAAAAUGUUAAAACCUCCUUUCAAAAAAGGGGCCUUCGAUUGUUUACUUUUGUGGCGUGCGAAGAAACCAAACCCGACACCGGUCAAAAAACCUAGGUAA